AGGAGCCAAGAGCGGCCGCCGCCUCUGCCGGAGGAGCCGCGGGGCCGCCACACUCGCCCCCCGCCCCCCCGCGCUCACUCGCACUCACACCCGGGCGCAGGAGGCGGGCGGCCCGGGCCCCACCGGCCCCCCAUGGACGCCCCCGGCACGGGGCGCUGAGACCCCCGCGUCGCUGCCCAGCCCGGUCCAGCGCGCCACGCCGAGGGACCUCCGGACAGGACAAGAUUCCGAAGCUACUCCCCCAGCCCAGGACCCCCCCACAGACCCGGCUUCCCCCCCAACCCCACUACCUGCCACUCCCUGGCCCCUCUCACCGCCCGCCCCCCUUGGGGCGCAGGGCAUGGUGUGAAAGGCCAAGUGCUGAGACAGGCACCAUGGGUGCUGGGCCCUAGGGCCUGGGUGGCGGGGGGUGGGCGGCCUGUGGGCGUGCCGGGGGGGCCAGUGUGCCCACCCCAGUCUCUUGGCGUGCUGGAGGGCAUCCUGGAUGGAAUUAAAGUGAAUGGAACAGAAGCCAAGCAAGGUGGAGUGUGGGUCAGACCCAGAGGAGAACAGUGCCAGGUCACCAGAUGGAAAGCGAAAAAGAAAGAACGGCCAAUGUUCCCUGAAAACCAGCAUGUCAGGGUAUAUCCCUAGUUACCUGGACAAAGACGAGCAGUGUGUCGUGUGUGGGGACAAGGCAACCGGUUAUCACUACCGCUGCAUCACUUGUGAGGGCUGCAAGGGCUUCUUUCGCCGCACAAUCCAGAAGAACCUCCACCCCACCUACUCGUGCAAAUAUGACAGCUGUUGUGUCAUUGACAAGAUCACCCGCAAUCAGUGCCAGCUGUGCCGCUUCAAGAAGUGCAUCGCUGUGGGCAUGGCCAUGGACUUGGUUCUAGAUGAUUCGAAGCGGGUGGCCAAACGCAAGCUGAUUGAGCAGAACCGGGAGCGGCGGCGGAAGGAGGAGAUGAUCCGAUCACUGCAGCAGCGACCAGAGCCCACUCCCGAAGAGUGGGACCUGAUCCACGUUGCCACGGAGGCCCAUCGCAGCACAAAUGCCCAGGGCAGCCAUUGGAAACAGAGGCGGAAAUUCCUGCCGGAUGACAUUGGCCAGUCACCCAUCGUCUCCAUGCCGGACGGAGACAAGGUGGACCUUGAGGCCUUCAGCGAGUUUACCAAGAUCAUCACCCCGGCCAUCACCCGUGUGGUGGACUUUGCCAAAAAACUGCCCAUGUUCUCUGAGCUGCCUUGCGAAGACCAGAUCAUCCUCCUGAAGGGGUGCUGCAUGGAGAUCAUGUCCCUGCGGGCGGCUGUCCGCUAUGACCCCGAGAGCGACACCCUGACACUGAGCGGGGAGAUGGCUGUCAAGCGGGAGCAGCUCAAGAAUGGCGGCCUGGGUGUCGUCUCCGAUGCCAUCUUUGAACUGGGCAAGUCACUCUCUGCCUUUAACUUGGAUGACACGGAAGUGGCUCUGCUGCAGGCUGUGCUGCUAAUGUCAACAGACCGCUCGGGCCUGCUGUGUGUGGACAAGAUCGAGAAGAGUCAGGAGGCGUACCUGCUGGCGUUCGAGCACUACGUCAACCACCGCAAACACAACAUUCCGCACUUCUGGCCCAAGCUGCUGAUGAAGGUGACUGACCUCCGCAUGAUCGGGGCCUGCCACGCCAGCCGCUUCCUCCACAUGAAAGUCGAGUGCCCCACCGAACUCUUCCCCCCACUCUUCCUCGAGGUCUUUGAGGAUCAGGAAGUCUAAAGCCUCAGGCGGCCAGAGGGUGUGCGGAGCUGGUGGGGAGGAGCCUGGAGAGAAGGGGCAGAGCUGGGGGCUGAGGGAGACCCCCACACCUCUUCUCUCCUCCCUCUCGUCCUCGGAUAGAUUCAGCUCCCCACACACAACCCCCCGCAUUGCCCCGUCCCUCCUCAGAACCUCCAGCCCUGGGGCAGGGCAAACAAAUGAACUUGCUAUGAAAAGGACAGUGUGGGAGGCGGGGGGGUCGGGGGGCGGGGGGGACCGUGUCCUGCAGUUCCCAGGACCCCGUCCUCCGAGAAGGUAGGGAGAGCUAAGAGGGGACAAGCCAUCUUGACCGUAGGGGAUGGAGGAAUGUGGGAUGGGGGAAGAUGCCCUCAACUCACCCCCCCUACACACACGCAAGAGAGAGCCCCCCGCCCAGUCUCUUGGCCUAGGUUCCCCCUCCAGGCUAAGGGCCUCUCUGCUUCCCCAGAUGCCUGGGUGCAAAGAAAGGCUUGGCUUGGCUCCUCCCCUGGAGGUUAAAAAUUACAGUCAUUCUAACUGCACUUUGGAAACCAGGCACGGAGAGAAGAUAAAUGAAGAAGUACUAGACAGAGGAAAAAAAGAGAAAAAAGAGAGAGCGAGCGAUUGAUAGAGAGAUGAUAUUAAGUUAUUAACUGAGGCUGGCCAGAGGGGAGGACCCCCCCCCCACCCCCAAGCACUUUGAGAGCUGCCCCUCCUCCCCCCAAAUCAGAGAGAACUGCCCCCCACACCAGGUCCCCAGGGGUAGGGCUGCCGAUCAGAGCUGUGAGUUAAUACAACAGGGUCCUGGCCACCCCCCCUUGCCUUGCCCCUCCCUCUGUGCCCCUUUGGCACCCCCCGCGCCAGUACUCCCUCUGCUCUCUGCCACUCGUGCCCGCUGAGUUCCAUCUACCUCUCACGCUGGAUGCCAACUGGCCCCUCACCAGCCUGCCCUGCUGCCCGCACAGCUCCCCUUUCAAGUGCCCAGUCCCAGGGGCCUCUCCCUGUGUCCCCCCCCCACCAACUCCUUCCGCAUCGUGGCACCCACACAGGAAAAACUGUGGCUCAAGGUCCCGCCCUCCUCACAUCCUGCAGUAUUAGCUACGAUCCAGAUGCUGCUGCCCUGGGGGGGUGGGGGGGGUGUGCGUGAGCUUCUCCCAGAGCCUCCACCCCCUUAGGCCCCUGUUUCCAUCUGUCUGCUGGGCUCUCUCUAACCCCUGCCCUCCUCCUUUCCACUCCCACUCGAUGCACUAUCCCAGACUCUGGGCAGGCAGGCACCGGAAUGGGGGUGCUUAGAUAAAUGGCACUUAGUCGAAGCCCUGGGGGAGGGGGCGGCUGGUGCGCCUCCUUUUUUCUUUGAAGCUCUUUAGGCCAGCCGCCCCUGCGCCCCUGGAGCCCCUUUCCCCUCUUCUCUUCUCUAAUUCAGGGACUUUGGCUUGAGCCACCUCCCACCCUCCUGGUGAGGAGUGCUCUGUUGGUCUGCACUUGGGUGAGCUGCCCUCCUCCUCCUCCCUUUGGCUAUCGCCCACUCCGCAGGGGAGAGAGGGAGGGAGGAGGUAGCCCUCUGAGGGUGGGGGG